GCUGCUGAGUAAACUGGAGAGAUGAUGAUGAUGGACCGUCGGCUUUCUCCCGAAUAGUGAAGCGGCUUUGCAACUUUUCACUUUUUUUCUUUUAACAUUUAAUAUUCACACAGAGCUAGUGAGACAGUUUGUGAGGCUUUAAAUCAAGCUGAGGGUUAAAACUCCGAGCUGUAACGCACUCACAUUAAACACGGCUUUAAUGGUAAUGCAUGCACGGAAACAGCCGAGACUCACUGAUGGGUGUAACGAGCGAAGGGAUUAUCAGUCUUACCAGACCCUCAAGUAUCAAUCUAAAAGUCACUCUGCGAACGAGCACCGUCAUGACAAGCUUCAAAACUCAUCGGACCAAACCCCACCGAGCAAGAUGCUGCGGCGCUCCGACAGUCCAGACGGCAAGCGAGGCGAAGGAGACGGGAGAACGCCUCACACACACCGACCCAAAGAGACCAGCACCAGCUCUUCUCCACACGAGAACUCUGUCAAUCACGGACAUCACAGCGCCAACUCUCACCCCCUUCCACCUAAAUGUGCAGAAAUGCGUGAUCCGGCCGACGACUGGUCUGAACACAUCAGCUCAUCUGGAAAGAAAUACUACUACAACUGCAGAACGGAGGUGUCCCAGUGGGAGAAGCCUAAGGAGUGGCUGGAGAGAGAGCAGCGACAGAAGGAGGCCUCUAAGGCCGUUGUGGUCAACAGUUUUCCCAAAGACAGAGAUUACAGACAGGAGGCCAUGCAGGCGGCCGCCGCCAGUGCCGUCACUGCUAUAAAGUCUGCUCCGUCCGAGAAGCCGUCGUCUCAUUGCGGUUUCUCCCAGGCCUCCUGCAGCGCCUCCGGUGGCCCGAACAUCUCGAGCGCUCCCAGUUCGUCCACGUCGUCCUCCCCACACUCCUCGGCUCUCCUGCAGGACCCGGCUCUCCUCAGGCAGCUGCUCCCGGCGCUCCAGGCCACGCUGCACAUCAACAACUCCAGCGUGGACAUGGCCAAGAUCAACGAGGUCCUCACAGCUGCUGUCACCCAAGCUUCCUUACAGUCUAUGCUUCAUAAACUUCUCACUGCUGGACCGUCUGCUUUCAACAUCACUGCUCUGCUUUCUCAAGCCGCUCAGUUGUCCACACAAGCAGCCCAGCAGCCGAGCCAGUCUCCCGUCUCCGUAACUCCAGACGCCUCGUCGCCCAAAUCAUGUCUGGUGUCUCCCCGGGUCAGCACGCCUCAGACGAACAGCAUGGCCUCGAAACCUCUCCCAAGCGCCGCCUCUCUGCCGGCACAAAUAAAGGUCAGUGAGCUGGUGGUGAAGUCAGCGCUCCAGCACUCCUCGGACAAAGUGUCAGAAGUCGAGGAUCCGCGGCUUCAAAGGCAAAACAGCCAAGGUCCUCCGAGUUCAGGGCCGAACGGGUGCCUGGUGAACAGCAGCGCGCCUGCGUGUCCUCCGACCACCUUCAGUCCGUCACUAGCACUGCACUUCAACGAGAAUCUCAUUCGACAUGUUCAGAGCUGGCCUUCAGACCAUGUAGAGAAACAGGCGGCGAGGUUACGCGAGGACGUCCACAACAUGGGCAGCAUGAACAUGUCCGAGAUCUGUGUGGAGCUGAAGAAGCUGCGCUCUCUGGUGCGAGUGUGUGAGAUCCAGGCUACCCUGAGAGAGCAAAGGAUCCUCUUUUUGAGACAAGAGAUCAAGGAGCUGGAGAAGCUGAAGAAUCAGAACUCCUUCAUGGUUUGAGAAGCAGUGGCGUCGGUUUAAGCAGAAGGAACUCAGCAGCUGGCUGCCUUUACUGAACCGUGGACCUACAGACUGGACUGGACUAGACUGGACUUGACUAGACUGGGCUUUCUCUCCAAAGCUGGAGAACCAAAAAAAAAAAAGGUGCAAAAUAAAAUAAAAUGCCCACCAACGGUCACGCUGUCCGCUACACAAAGCCCCCCAAGGUUCAUUCAUAGAUCCAUCGUUGUACAUAUACCUCUCUAUAUCGAGUCAUUAAACCGCAACAAACAAACAAUAGAGCGUCAUGUUUGGAAAAUGGUUCGGAUAAAAAAAAAUGGAAAAAAAAAAACGGUUUGUUUAGGAUGAUAAGAAAACGUCUGAGAAAGAACUCUUAAAUAAGCAGAAAUGUAAUGUUUGUUUUUCUGCCAGUCUUGCAGGCUUUAGGAUUUUUACAGUCCAGUUUCACAGAGAGUGAGUAAGUGUGAGUGUAUGUGUGCAUCUGUGCGUGUGCAUCCUCUGUGAACGCAGGCCCGGAUGUACCUGUCCUAAAUAAACAAAGCUGUUUAUCCGUUCAGAGAGGAUCCCGUCUGAUUACUCGUCAUGUUUAACGUGCUUCAAUACGACCUUGACAUUUUUUACUAAUUUGUUUUUGUUUGUUUUUUUUUGUUUCUUUCUUUUUUUUUUUACUUGUGUAAAAGGUCACUUGAAGUCAAAACUUUCCACAUGCUUUUAGAGUAAUGUCUCGCACCCCACCCAACCCGAAUCUACCCCACCCUGAAGCCUGACCCCGAUUCCCUCAGACGUUUAUGAUUUACGACAGCAUUUGCACUAACUGAUUUGAUAUGAACCCACUUUGUGUAUCGACCUUUAACCCAACUUAUUCGCUGUAAGUACUUAACGAGGCUCAAUCCAUUAAACCUCAUUUUGCCUCUG